CGGGCAGGAGGAGGAGGAGGAGGAGGUGGCUGUGGUGGUAGCGGUAGCGGUAGCGGUGCCGGCGCGGGUUAAGAGCAGAGCGGCCCCGGCGCUGGAGCGCCCCCCGGCGGCGGGGUCCUGCGGUGCGCCCGGCUGCCCUCGCCAUGAACAUCGACGUGGAGUUCCACAUCCGCCACAACUACCUCUGGGCCCGGCUGCCGGCCAGCGUCAAGCAGGCUCUUGGAAACUCUCAGAGGGAAUAUGAAAGACAGGUUGUGCUCUACAGCAUCCGCAAUCAGUUACGGUACCGGAAUAACUUAGUUAAGCACGUCAAGAAAGAUGAACGUAAAUAUUACGAGGAUCUGUUAAAAUACAGUCGUGACCAUCUGAUGUUGUACCCAUACCAUUUGUCUGACAUAAUGGUGAAAGGGCUGAGGGUAACACCGUUUUCAUAUUACACAGGCAUAAUGGAGGAUAUAAUGAACAGUGAAAAAAGCUAUGAUUCGUUACCCAACUUUACUGCUGCUGACUGUCUAAGACUUCUUGGUAUAGGAAGAAACCAAUAUAUAGAUCUAAUGAAUCAAUGUAGAUCUUCAAAGAAAUUUUUCAGAAGGAAAACAGCGCGUGAUCUGUUACCUGUGAAACCUGUGGAAAUUACCAUAGAAGCUUGGUGGGUUGUGCAGGCUGGCUACAUCACUGAGGAUGACAUCAAGAUUUGCACUACAUCAGAAAAGUCUGCUAUUGAUAAGAUAAUUGAUUCAGGUCCUCAGCUUGCUGGUUCGUUGGACUUCAAUGUAGUUCACAGCUUGUAUAACAAAGGAUUUAUUUACCUUGAUGUACCAAUAUCUGAUGACAGCUGUAUAGCAGUGCCACCACUUGAAGGUUUUGUGAUGAACAGAGUGCAAGGUGAUUACUUUGAAACACUCCUGUACAAGAUAUUUGUUUCAAUAGAUGAACACACUAAUGUGGCAGAGCUUGCAAAUGUCCUAGAGAUUGACUUAUCUUUAGUAAAGAAUGCUGUGUCCAUGUAUUGUCGAUUAGGCUUUGCUCAUAAAAAAGGCCAAGUCAUAAAUCUGGAUAACCUUCAUCCAUCGUGGAAGAAUGUUCCUUCAGUGAACAGACUGAAGAGUACUUUGGAUCCUCAAAAGAUGCUGCUUUCGUGGGACAGUGGGGAAAACAGAAGUCCUGUUCAGGAAGCUGGGUCAUCAGCCACAGAUACAGAUACCAACAGUCAAGAUGACCCAGCUGAAACAGCCAGUGUGAGCAGCCUGAACCUGUCCAGCGGAUACACAAAGCGUAUUGCCUUCCUGUUUGAUUCUACCCUCACUGCCUUUCUAAUGAUGGGAAAUCUUUCACCAAACUUGAAAAGUCAUGCAGUCACUAUGUUUGAAGUAGGGAAGCUGUCAGAUGAGUCUCUUGACAGUUUCUUGGUGGAGCUGGAGAAGGUUCAAAGCACAGGUGAAGGGGAAGCACAACGAUACUUUGAUCAUGCACUUACCCUGAGAAAUACAAUACUGUUUUUGAGGCACAACAAAGACUUAGGGGCACAAGCUGUACAGCCUGACCAACCAAGUAACGGAUUUCCCCUGGAUCUCUUACGAUGUGAGAGUUUGCUCGGCUUGGAUCCAGCUACCUGCAGUAGAGUUCUCAACAAAAAUUAUACCCUACUGGUUUCCAUGGCACCACUUACCAAUGAAAUUCGACCUAUUAGUAGCUGUACACCCCAGCAUAUUGGACCUGCAAUACCAGAAGUCAGUUCAGUUUGGUUCAAAUUGUAUAUUUACCACAUAACUGGACAAGGACCACCUUCUCUAUUGCUCUCUAAAGGAACACGUCUUCGAAAACUUCCAGAUAUUUUUCAGGGUUAUGAUCGGUUACUAAUAACGUCUUGGGGUCACGACCCAGGAGUAGUUCCUACUUCGAAUGUGCUCACAAUGUUGAAUGACGCUCUAACGCAUUCAGCUGUUCUAAUUCAGGGGCAUGGCAUGCAUGGAAUGGGAGAAACUGUGCAUAUACCUUUUCCAUUUGAUGAAGCUGAGCAGCAGGGAGACUUCUCUCGUGUGAACAUGGGCAUUCAUUCAGCUUUAAAGAUAUUGAGAAACAAGGUAGACUUGCAGCAUUUUUGUGGCUAUGUCACUAUGCUGAAUCCUACAAGUCGGCAAGCUAACAGGAAGCUGAGCGAUGCUUCUGAUGGAAGAGGAGAUCCUGAUCUAGCAUCAGGAUCUGAUGUAAAUGGGAGUACAGAGUCAUUUGAGAUGGUAAUAGAAGAAGCCUCAAUGGAUUCUGCAAUCAAGCAAAGCCUUGAAGUACCCACAUCAGAACUGGAAUGGGUUCCUCUGGAAUUAUGCUUUGGCAUUCCUCUCUUCAGCUCUGAGUUGAAUCAGAAAGUCUGCAAAAAAAUAGCCACUCAUGGAUUAUGUAGAAAAGAAAGCCUUCAAAAACUGUUACAUUCCAGUAGAAAACUGUCCUUACAGGUCCUUAAUUUUGUACAUUCAUUCCAGGAAGGUACUUCAACGCUGGAUCAGCUCCAUGAUGCUGGUUGUCCGAGUUCACUUUUGCAGCCAACUCCUGCAGAUAUGGGUGUUCCACUACCUGCCAAGAAUCUCGUGUUCAAAGAAGGUGUAUUAUCUGAAUGGAAUGGACGGUCCCCUUCCUCAGUUUUUAUUUCAACCACACCUAAGGAACAGGUCAAAUAGGGAUUCUCACACAUUGAUCACUCAAUGCCUUUCUUCUAUUAUGGUUCAUUUAUAGUGCCAACCACUAAGAAGUGUACUGUUGCUGCAGCAUAACCCGUGUAAAAGUAGUGUUACAAAAACGUGCUGUGUAGCAGUAUUGGGGAAUUGCUUAAACCGUCUAGAACUUGUUACUCAUUACUGCGUAUCUUGCUGCAACAGAGAGCUUUUUAGCUGUCAGCACUAUUUUUAUCUUGAGACAAUCUUUCUUUUAUAACUAAACAUGCUGUUUGUAGGCUUUCUGAUGAUUGUUAAAUUUCUAUGCUGUCACCACAAAAUUGCAAUAGUAGUUUUCUAUGUUCGUUACUCAGACAUAAAUUCUGUUUAGUUUUGUACUGUAUUACUGAAAGCCUUUCUGUAUAAAGGUAGGAGAUUUGGCUCUUCCUCUAAAAGCUCAGUGAUACCAACUGUUAAAAAAAAAUGUAUCAUGGUGAUACGGGGCAUUAAGAAUUGUUGAAUUACGUAGUUCACCCUAGUACUGUGGCCUUGACAAAUCAGCACAGUAGGAAGAGAUUUGAUGCUUACAGGGUCUAUGUUAGGGCAGGCUUGAAGCCCAGUUGAUGAUUAAGGCCAUUCUGAAGAUGGAUGGUGUGCUUUCAUCUCUGGUAAAAUUCAGUGGAGAUGUGGAAUUAUGGGAAGGUUGAAGUGGUUGGCCCUCUCUGUAGAGUUCUUUAUAAUAAUGGAUUUCUCUUGCUCUGUGUGUGAAACUAGGAGUUGGAGAUUUGGGACACACUGAGUUGGUUCCACAUUGUUAUUUGACACUGCUGAUGAUUGCUGUGGGAAAACUCUUGAUGUUCUAAGUUGACUUUAAGGUAGAUAACCAGAUAUGUUCUGUUGAUUAAUGUUUGAAAGAAAAGGUCUCUUAAUUUUUUCAUGACUGUCAUUACCAAUGGAAGACAGCAGCAGAGGAUGUGUAGGCAGAGACUUCUCUGAAUCUGUUUUCUUUUUAACCAUUAGCUGUUGAUUCUGCCAAACAUUAACAAGAACUGUUUCAUCUAAAAUGAUGUUCUGGCUCUGUUUGUAGGAGAUGAUGUUAUGUGUCAUGAUUUCAUUUUGUUUGUAUUAGGCAUUAACAACUUCUUUCCAGCUUAAAAAAAGUCUGUCCCUUUUAGCGCACAAGGAAAACAAGAGAUGUGGAAUACUAAGACCUUUAAUCCAGGUGACUAAGUACUCUGCCAACUCUCUUCUUUGCUGGAACUGCCUUGAUAUAAAUAAUUAAAGAAUGAGACAACCAUCCUGUCUUUACUAGCCUACAUUAUGUAACGGACCAAGAAUCUGUGGCAUUGAUGAUGCUGGAAAAUAACAAGGAGAAAAAUGAGAACAUUUGGGUUUGUAUCCUGUUCUUUAUAGCUGUAAGAAAAAACACAACAAGCUGGAAAAGGGAAAAUGCACCACAAUAGGAUAAUGCAGCGACUUCAGCUGGAACUGUGAAAGUCCUUUCAUUUUCUCCUUGGCUUUCUAUACAUUCCUGAUGUGUAAGUGUGGGACUUGUGCUUUAAGAAAAUGGAAGUCUGUAGUACUACAGUUUGCUCAGUGCUGCUCUUUUUUUUAUAUAUAUUUUUUACAUCUGUUGUGUUAUGUUUUUUAUCAGCAGCUGAAUUUAGUAUUCUGUGUAAUUUACAGAGCUAGAUUACAUAAAAUUAUUCACACUACAGUUACUUUUGUACUGGUAGUACUUAUUUUUUCAUAGUCUUUCUUAAGUUGUGGUAUUUCCUUCAAAGGAAUUAGAGAGGAAUUGGAUGUCACUCUGCUAGAAAUCGCAGAGAAAACAGGUUUUACUGUGAGAGUUGUUAUGUGAAGAUUAAUUCAAUAUCUAGCGCUGUAGGGAACUAAGCAGUAGCUUAUGGUUUACACUUUCAGUACCAUAGACAAUACUUUCAGUGCUACAGUGAACUGUAAUAGAUGAGCUAGUUUGGCAUACUGUAUUACAUUUUGCCAUGCGCAGUGUCUAUACAAGCACAGAACUGAUGAUAGUACAAGUUAAAUCUGCUGCAUGAAAGUCUAAGAAUGGAUUAAAGUUUCUGUUCUGCUCACUGCGUACCCUUCCUUCAGCGUUACUGAGCAAAGGAUGUUUCUAGGUUCUAAAUGUAGUCCGCUCUUCAGAGUUGUUUAAUACCCACAAAUCUUGCUGUUAAUGGUGAAAAUUCCAGAUAUGUUGGUGGUUCUUAGAAAUCAGGAUACUCUGAUUUAGGUGCUGCAACACUAGUUUAGAGCUUAAAUGUUCAAGUCUUCAUAUCUGAAGUUUACUGAAUAGAUUGCAACCAAAGAAGUCCAUAAAAUACCUGAAACUCAACUACAGUUCCAGUGCUUGGGAUGGUCCAGAGACUCAAAGUAUGUGACUUUUGUUUUAAAUGUGGUGUAAAAAGUAAGGUCUCCAAGAUCUUCAUACCAAAAUAAUCUAUUUUAUAUUGUAUUGCAAAUAAAGUCUAAUGAAAUCAGCUUCUUUCUUCAGGUAGUUUUAUUGACGGUUGGGAAAAAUCUCACACAUUAUAACAUUAUAAGUUAUUUUAAGUUUGUCUUCAGCAAGAUCUAUUUUUAACUUGUCGAGGAGAGGUUGGCUUUGUGCUCUGGCACAACCCAAGUAGUGGUUAUUCUAGAUAAAUGUACCCAGAGAUCUUCAAGAGCCAACUAGAAAGUGUGUGUUACUUGUUCUCAGAUUUCUGAUCAUGACGUAUUAUUUCAUUUUUUUUCUUUUCCACCAUUGUUCUCAGAUUUUCCUUUUGCUUGUAUGGUAUUCCUAGUGGUUUCUAUUUCAAAGGUUUUUAAAGUACGACUGUAACUGAAUACAGUUGAAUUCUUCUAGUGUGACAUUCUUAACAUUAUACAUCGAAAUGUACAAAGUCUGUGUUCAAUUAAAUUAUUGGCACAUGUAACAGUGGUUUACAAAUAAACUGCCAUCGGUCAAACCAAGGGCAGAAUCCUU